GGGGGUGGUUUGGGAAUAGAGAUAAGUGAAAAGUACGGGAGGGGUUUAACUGUGCAAAGAUGUAAUCAUCAGGAAUGUGAGCCACAUGUCGGUCUCACUUUCCUUCAUCUCUCCUCCCAUCAACCCAUGCUUCUAGUCUCUCCCUUCCCUUGCGAGAAGCAGAGGCACACCGCGCGGAGGAAGCACGGCCUCGUCGUCGUCAUCGUCGGGAAGAAGCCUUACCUUACCUAUGUUGCGCUGAUGUCGGAGGUUCUUGGGGGAUGCAGAGCAGGGAGAAGGGGAGUUGGGGGUCCAGAUCGGCCACAAGGUGUUUGGCCGGCGUCCAGAGCUAUAGGAUCAGGGAAUCAGGGAAUCAGGGAGAUGAGGUUAGGGAAGCAGGACAACGGCGGGGUUGGUCUUCUUGAAGAUUGAGGAUUGGUGUUGGAGGAAGGAGAGGAGGAGCAAGCUCUUCUGGCGGCGGUGUUUGUUUGAGACAAAUGGUGGUCUUCUCUUCUACCUGCGAUGCGCACAUAUGAUGUUCGUUGAAAUGACUGGGAGGGAGUCGUUCGCUUUGCUUUCUGUUCUGAUGCGAUACCACGGGGACGGGGGCGCCGCCGCGCCGGUACGAUGCUGCACGCACAUACCGGCGCCACUGGACGACGCUGCUGGAGUGCUCUGCUGGCCGCCGUGGACGUCGGUGAGCUCGUGGCGUCUGGUGUGGUGCAGGCUGCAGCCUGCAGCUGCACGAAGGACGUCAUGGAGCAUGUGGGCCCACUGUCAGCGACUGAGGAAGUGCGGCCCCACCUGUCAGCUAACGGGAGAGCUACUUCAAAUUGCAGCCGCCUUGCGCGCCGGGAGGUAACUGUCGCAACCGCCCUCCUCCGCUCUCCCCCUCUCAGCGGAGCGGAAGCGCCAAGAACCAAGAGCCCCGCGCCUCUCUCCCCCUCACCGGAGCGGGAGCGCCAAGAACCCAAGAUCCGUGCGCCUCUCUCCCCCUCUGCUCGCCUCGCUCUUCGGAACCAAUGGAGCUGUUCCACGGCGGCCACCACGUCCACGCCCUGUGCCCCGUCGCGGCCGCCGCCUCGGACGACGACGGCGACAGCUGGGUCUUCCUGCAUCCGCUCCGCGCGACGGUGCACGCGGCGUGGCCGGCGCACAUGCUCCGCGCGUUCGACGGACGGACGGACGGCGCCACGCGGCGGCAACGACCGUGUUGGCAGAUUGGGAGCAGAUUGGCCUCGGCGGCAACCGCGUCACCCUGCGCGACCUACACCGCCUCGGCUUGUUCACCGUCGUCUUGGGAUCGGGGGACGACGUCCUGCUGGAUGCCUUGGCCGCUCCCACGAGUACGUCCUGCGUGGUGCAAGUCAUCCCCCCGAGAGACUCCCUGCCUUCCCUUCCAGUUUCAGAACCAAAUCUUCUGAUAAGUGGAACCAGUUUCCCAAUCGGCGGAGACAAUGGUAUGAUGGGUGCAGAUAAUGAGAGGGCUGAAGGGCCGCAGACUAUGCUUUUGGUGGAGGAGGGCAUUAGGAAGGUUGACACGGAGUUUGCUUGCAUCUCAUACUUAACACCAUGGCGCUGGUGCAACCAAGCUGUAAGAUGGCUGGCAUGGAAGACUGGUACCACACUUGCUGGGCUCGUGUUACCAGAUACAUGGAGCUGGGAGAAAAUUGUCGGAUCACCUGCUGUUCAAGGCAGAGGUGGGUGUUCAUUGUCUGCUUGCACUGUAUGCACUGAAGCUCAGCAUCGGAUGAUUUACGAUAGGCUCCAUGGCUCAGGCUCAUUCCGAUGGAGAGUUGAGGUACCUCCAACUACUCUGAGGAUGGAAUGCAUAAAGAAAGAAGCAUGGAACCCCGAAGAAGGUGGUAAGGUUGAGCAUGUAUUGGAGGUUGUUGUUGGCAUGGGAGGUCUGCCGACUAUGGAUGAUGAUUACUUCCUCCCCGUGGUAGGGUUGAAUAAGUAUCCUGGACCUUACAAGACCCAGAUGCUCAGACUGACGGAGUAUGUCAAACCCCUGACCGCCAUAGAGACAGCCAGGCUUAUUCGUCAGAGAGGGCCGAUCAUUGGUGCACUGGCGGUUAACCCACCCCACUACUUCUCUUAUCGGGCGGAUGCAAAACAGCGAGCCAAAAGAGUGUACAGAGGCUGUCCCGAGUCUGCAAUAAUUGCCCGUAAGGCGGCCUGGCACGCAGUUGUCUGUUUUGAGUAUAGGUUCGUGAAGAGUUUGAUUGGAGAAGAGCUUCAGCUGAAGAUUAUGGACAGCCACAGCCCAGACGGACCUCGGAGGUGGAUCUGUUUUGAUGCCUUCGACAGGUUCUGUCUGCCAGUCAUUUGCCGGCCGCCGUGUCCCCGCCCGUCGUCAUCGGAAUAGAUCUGUUCUUACCUGUGUAGAGUAACUCUGUCUGUUGGGGUGGUCGCUUCUUCUUAUCCUACCCCUGCUUCUUAACUCACUGCAGAAGGGCAGAGCAUGUACCUGGGAAGCUUCAUCUUGUCUUCCCUCGGUGCGUACUGAAUGCAAACGUUAUUACAUUUACAUGAGUACCUGCUGCUUCUUCUUCUUCCAGUGCGAUGCAUCAACUGUAUUGGAGUAGCUGUUGCUUAUUAACCGAUUAACUCGGCGCUUCUUCUGUUAUCAGAGAGAUUUUUCUAGUAUAUCUGGUGUUAGCAUCAGCUGCUGCUAGUUAAUUACUAGGCAGCUAUCUAGAAUCUUAGAUUUUGAUCCGUUUAUACAGUUAAUACCAGUACUAAAGUUCUUUUGCUUGAUU